AUGGGUCGUAUGAGCCUCCGCGCCACGAUCCGAGCGCCGGUGCGUUAUGGCGAUGAUGUGGUCGAUCCCAAAAACGCUGCUCUCUACAAAUCGAUCCGAGCGUCUCGCGAAGAAAAUAAUGACAGACGAGGAUCUCCAUCGCCACUUCCAUUUGCCCACCGUCGUCCAUCCUCCCCGAAGCCGACCUCCACUCCGUUCGAUCCUACUUUGCCCCCUGCUGCGUUCCCAUCUUUACCAUUUGGCCCAAAGCCUGCCCAACAGCCCGCCGAGCAGUUUGCCGAGCAUGAGGGAGAAGCUAAUCAGAGUGAUGAAGAUGUUGAUGAGUCGGACGAUCCUCUGAAUCUUUUGCCAUGGAACCAACUGGAAAAUCUUCGUUCCAGCAACUCUGAACAUAAUGUUACUUAUGUCACGAAUAUGGAGAAUACGGCUCCUUCUCCCAAAAAUGGGACCCGUGUGUUUGAAGAUAGCGAUCUUGAAGAGCCAAUCGACGACUCGGAAAAUCUUGGCGCAAAGAUUGUUCAAAAUAUUAAGAAAGAGGCAAACUGCAAGCAACUUCUCGACAAGCUCGAUCUCACUGAUGAAGACGUGAGCAAGUACAAGGCUUAUCUCUCGACUCGGGUCCAGCAAGAUCGGCGAGAGAACCUUCGUCUGGCUGAGAUGCGUUUCAUCCAGCUACAACAUCUAUUGGCAUUUGACAAUAGUGAUAUCAAGAAUCACAAGGUGCCUCUGCAGCUUGUACUCCGCCAAGUAUCGAAGAAAGCUCAAGACAGUUUGAAGGACACAAUAUCUGGAUCUGUCCAUGUCAACUUGUGUCAGUCAGUGGAUGUCCUAGUAGCCAGGCAGUUUUUGCUACGACGGGGCCUCUCUAAAGCAUUCGCCGGUGAAUGGGGUCAUGGCAUGGUCGAGUUGCAAGAAUCCGUGGAGCACGAACAUGAUGAGCCGGAGAUAUUUCAAUGGAAAGAAGACCUGACAGGAAAGUGCGAGAUCGAGUUGCAGCAGAUCUCCAAUCGAACUCGAUAUUCCUCGCCUCCUGACACGCGGGCCGAGACUACUUGGACACGAGAACUGAAAGGUGAAAAAGGCCCAGGUGGAGUGCAAUACGUUAACCCACGCGACCUGUACCUGCAGGAUCCUGAAACCAAUGUACCGGUCCAUCGUUCGAAUGCUUUGAGCAGGGGUCACCCAUCGAACUGGCGCCCACCCAGUGACCGCGGACUGGAGCGAGUUUCACCAAGUUUCCGCGCAUUUGUCCGCCCGCCGCAGCAAAGUCCCAAAGGUGAACCACUUAGCUUCUCCCCAGACAAAAUCAAUGACUCUAACGGCGGGCUUCGAUUAGAAGUUUCGGCUGGAGGACGCGCGGUGGUUCGUCAUCGAAUCAUUAACAAAGGAAUUCCCUAUGAACAUGCCCUCCCAAGUAUUGAACAGACAGAAUCCCUGGAGCAAACCGAAACUAUCCCCGAGUAUGUCCAAACGACGCCCAGCCGCGCUCCCGCACGGCAUGAAGAAAUGAUCGACGAGCCUGUUGGCGAUGGGACUUCCUCCAUGACAUUCCCAUAUGUUAGCGCCGCGCUCGAGAAGCCGUCUCCACCCACGACCAAAGUGCCUCUGAUGCGCGUGCUGGCGCCAAGCUGGAAGGUUUUUGCUAUGGACCACACCAUCGCCCAGCGGCGCUUUGAAGCUGCUAUUAAUGAAGCUCAUCUGGAAUCUAUUCAGGCUCGUGAGAAAGCCCGAGAGGCCCGCGAGGCCCGCGAGGCCGAAAAUGAGACCAGGACUCAGAAUCUGCCUCAUGUCAACCGUAUGGCCGCGCGCAGUAUGUCUCCCCAGUGUGCAGAAAACGAGAAAAAUGCGAUGAGUGCUGUCCGUUACGCACCUCUGAUCGAAGGCACUCCCAAUAAGCUGGACGACUUUUUUCUGGAGACGGGGGAGAGCUUCCCGCCCUUGAACCCUGUCGAAGAUGGCGAGCCCCUUGAUGAAAGCUGGCUGUCUGAGUGGAGGUGUACUUGUGGCUUGGAUUCAGAGCUGGGACUCAGUGAUCAUCACGAGCCGAGUGAUUGUUUGGAUUUAGAGGCGAAGGAGACGACAUCGUCGGUCGCUGGUACGGAGCAUGAGCCUGGUGAUAAAACGCAUGUUUACGAGGAAAGCCAAACUGAAGAACUCACUGAUGACCAGGAGAAACAGGUUGUCCGAGGAAGCAAAAUUGAAGACUCCGAAGGGGUUGAUGGAGGUGAUGGAGUGCUGGAUGAGGUCAUCUUGAUUCAAAUUUACUAA